AUGACAACGACACGUAGAUCUCUGACUGACAAAUCCAGUUGGUAUUUUGUUCUCAAAGCGCUGCAGUGUACAUUGAACUCAAUGGCGGACUGGGAAAAACAAUGAGCCUGGUACCAGUCAACAAUUGGGACCGCAUCCACCGAGCAGGCUAUGCAGCCGACCUCCUAUAUCUACUCACGAUAUUUCUCUCCAAAUGCUCUGUUGCGUCGAUUUAUCUGCGCCUGACACCUGGUCGUGGCCAUUUUAUAGCCGUCAAGACCAUCUUGAUUGGCAUGACGGCGUGGAUCCUGAUGGGUAUCUUUGUUGUCGGUCUGAGAUGCCACCCUGCUGAGCCAUGGCUCGAUGUCACUAAUGCCAUUUGUCCUCACCUUUACACAAGGUGGGCGGUAAUCGGAGCUCUCGAUAUGAUCAGUGAACUUGCAUUGUUCUGCAUGUCCAUCUACCUCAUCUGGAGAGUUCGGAUGUCACUCAGGUCUAAGUUAACAGUUGUGGGCGCAUUUAGCUGCCGUCUACCGAUCAUUGGCCUCGCUGCUCUCCGUCUUUACUAUCUCCAAAUCCAACUCAGCUCCGACAAUCCAUCCUUCGAUGCAGCCAACAGCGUCGCGCUCACACAACUCGAAAUGGGAUACGGCAUUUUCGCAUGCAUCAUGCCAGUCAUGAAGCCCUUCCUCGCCUCUCAUGAAGGUCCUCUUCCGAACAGGGCCUACACUGGCGAGACCUACAACUUAUCUACUUUCGGAGGUGGAAAGAGCAAAUUGAAGAACAGCCAACGAGAUGCCUCACGAGAAGGUACGCUACAGGACGGGAAUUAUAACACACUUGGAAGUCAGCCAUAUCUGGGAAUGCCGACGAAAAGGCUAAGACUGAGGCCGGAGCAAAUCAGCUACCAGGUUGGGGCAGCUAGGCAUGAGGGUCAGCAUGAUAGGCCAAGCCUAGAUAGUGGUGAUAGUCAGUUAAUGAUCAUAAAGAAACAUGUGGACUUCACAGUGCAGUAUGAUACGAAUCCAAGCAGGAGUACAGAUAGGAGUGGUGAUAUUGAAGGAGAAGCGUCACACUCUUGACCUGUCAAUUUACACAUGGAAGCGCAUAGAUAGACAAAUUAAUACAAAC